CGCGCAAGGCAAGCGAGUGCGGUCGCGCGCCGCGUUUUCCCUCCGUUCUCGCCUCCGUCGUCCAGCCGGUCUCUUUCUCUCUCUCUCUUUCUCUCUCUCUCUCUCUCUCCCUCUCUCUCUCUCUCUCUCUCUCCGGGCGGACGUUUCUUGGUGCGUCGUUAACCAACGCGCUCGUGCGCGAAUCAGUGACACCUCGUUCGUCGUAAUCACGUCGAGGAAGUGUGAUCGGGAGUGCCGAGUCGAGAGAGCGACUCCGGUGCCGUGGAGUCGCCGGUCCCGCGAACCUGUUCGAACGUGUUCGUGCGCGCCACCACGACGAUCUCGGCUUCCGCGGAUCCACGGGACGCCGCUCCGUGCGACCGUAGUCUUUCGUCUCGACCUGCGAUCUCUCGCGUGUGAAAUGAUCCCAUACGUCGCGAGUGCUCGCGAGUGCACCGAUCUCACUCAUGGGCAAUUCGAUUUCGUGGUCGACGAAACGUCCCCGCGACGAAUGCACGUAAUCUCUUUUACAUUUCCACCGUUCGUUAUUUCUCUGCGGAUUGUCGAGUAGCCAGUAAUAAAAUGCAAGGCUGCAGGUUCGCGUCGAAGCGUUGCCCUUAUCGCGUUACUUUGAGGUUACUUUGACGCUCAGAUCGCUUCCAUGCUGCGUCGAUCGGCGCGCCGAUAACGAAAAAUCGUGCAGUCAAGGCUUCAGGAGAAUAACAGCGAUAUUGUUGCGACGCACGCGUUGGGGAUGUAUGAUACAAGCUCGUCGGCAGUUUGAAGGGACAUUCGCUGUUUCCAUCGGCAUUCAUAUCUAUGUUUUCUCUAGCACGUUUCACUAUCGACUGUCUGUUUGCAUCCGCAGACUCGUAGCCCCCGACUUACGCGUCCUUCGAAUAUCAUCUAUACGUUCUUUUAAAAGAUAUAAAAAAUCCCCUUGUUCCAUUCGACGCGCAUUUAGAGACGCGCAUUUGGGGACUGGUUAUUAGGUCCGCCCGGGCCGUUUCAGCCGUGAAAGCUAUUUCAAUUUCGCGUUUACACGCAUCGCCGACGCGAUUGAAAGCCGGCAUUUAACGUUCGUCGCGAUUGAAAUACGCACGAUGCAUCGCGACAAAACGCGGGUAACACGCGCGCCGCGCGGGUCUCACGUUUGCGCGAUCGUAAGCGUGGAAGCGGAGCGACGACGCGAGGACGACGACGACGACCCGAAGUCGAGGAGCUCUUCUGGGGAGCCCAGCGCGGAGUCGCGACUCCGACGAGACAGUCGGCCGGGGCCGCUCUUUUCCCGCGCGCGUACUUCGCUCCUGGUGCACGUCGUCGACGACGGCGACGGCGACGGCGAGGGCGAGGGCGACGACGUGUUGUCCUCGCUCCGCGCGGGCGCGAAUGUCGGACGACGAGCCCGAUGAUUUAGAGAAUCUCUCGCGUGUGAGUGACGCGUGCGGUGACGCGCGGACAAUGCGCGGAAUUUCGGUUUUGAAUUUUGCGCGACGAUCGUGACACGCGUCACGCGCCGAGGCUCGCCGGGAUGUAGUGCCGCGGGUUGCAAUGACGUUUGGCUUUGACCGAGUGGUCGUUAGAGUGGUCGUCGGUAUCUCUAUCACUCCGGAAUGGGAUCUGAUUUAUGUUGCGCCGGAUGCCCCGUCGUCGCCGAAUUUCUCCGACGCCGACUCCGAGAAGCAGCCGCCGCCGUCUUCGUCGACCUGGAUUCAGCCUCGCUGCUGCGUGUGUGGUCCCUCGGCUUUUGCAGCGCGCGGCGCAGCUCGACGAGUCCCACGACUUGUUGCGGCGCACCGACCGGGGCCGGGACACGAGCAUCGCGUGAUCGAUUCCAGAUUCUCAUUGUCGCCGGCCGCCUACGCCUCCCUGCACGUCCUGUCCAGGUGUCACACCCGCCGAGUCGGAGCGGCAACCCUUCAGCGAGGAUCAAGGCGCUUGCGGCCACAGCACGGCGGAUGCAGUUCCGGCGGAUUCGCGGCAGCUUCGGGGGUCGCUUUGAAGAUACUACUCGAGCCUUUGGGAUGUCCUUCUGGAUGCCUUCUGGAUAAGCCGGUUAUGAUGAAAAUCAGCCGACUACCUAGACGCACCGUGGCUAACGUGCGAGAGACGGACGGAAACGCCGGAGACGAAAUCGACCGACGCGAAGGCAGUUUUUGCGGUGAUAAUUAACAACAGAUGGCCGUCGAGCAUUAACCGCUUAUCAAGCGCAAUUUCCUUUUGGCUUCGAGUAGUUAAGUGUAUUAUAAAGAUACCGGCUGCGCUUACUUUUAAUCGGCGCUAGCGAAAUCGCGCGCGAAUAAUCCGUUUUAAUUAGCCCGAUGCGAAAGCCGUAAGAGAGCAAUUAAAAUCAAUACCUAUAAACACCGAAUCGACGAUCUUGCCUCGCCGAGAAGCAGAGGACGAGAAGGAGGUGAGCGAGAGAGAGAGA